AUGUCUGCCAAAUUACCCUUCACCACCCUUGACGUCUUCACGGAUACGCAUUUCCUCGGAAACCCCCUCGCCAUCGUCCGCAUCGCAAAGGAGCUCCAAAGCACCGUCUCUCAAGCCCAAAAGCAGACUAUCGCGCGCGAAUUCAACCUCUCUGAGACCGUCUUCCUUCACGAGGGAGAUAUCGACGCGCCUGUACGGAUCGAUAUCUUCAUGGCCAAUGCCGAAUUACCGUUUGCGGGCCACCCGACAGUAGGCAGCGGCUGGUUCUUGCUCUCGCAGAACCCGGCGAAGGAGACGGUCACUCUCCGAACGAAGGCGGGCGAUAUUCCCGUUUCGAGAGAAGCGAAUGGGAAGGUCCGCCUCCAGGUGCCCACCGACUUCAAGGUCCACCCGGAAUACGUCCACCCGCUCGUCAAAACACUCCAACCCAAAUUGACCGCGGCGGACUAUGUCAACGGCCCAGACGGCGCAGAGCCAGUCGCGUCGAUCGUCAAGGGUAUGACUUUCCUCCUGAUGAAGCUCACGUCGGAGGACGCCCUAGCGCGCUUGCAGCCCUCGCCUGAGCGAUUGACGGUGCCGAAUCUAGGCGAGUGGGAUGGGUUCAUGGGUCUCUACGCGUUCUUCGAGCGCGAUGAUGGUGUGGUGAGGACGAGAAUGUUCGACGGGACGCUCGAGGAUCCUGCUACGGGGUCUGCGGCAUCUACGCUCGCAGGGUAUCUUGGGCUGAAGAAGGGUGAGGGUGUCCAUCGGAUCAGUAUUAUUCAAGGUGUCGAGAUGGGGAGGAAGAGCGAGAUCGAGGUUGUGGUUGAUGUUGGAGCCGCUGAAGAAAUCAAGAAGAUCGAACUUGCGGGUGCUGCGGUUGAGGUGAUGGAAGGAUCGAUUUGUUGUACAGUAAAAUCACCGCGGGGCAAGUUCAUAAAUUUGAAUGAAUAA